GGUUAGGCCCGCUGCCCUCAACGCCACAAUAUUGCACCAUAAGUGUGCAAUUGUUGGCGAGCAGUCAUUUUGGGACGUCCUGCCUCGAAAAAUAGUGACGGCGCAAUCGCUGCGCAUCGCUGCGCGUAGUUCCUUAACUCUUGGAAGUGGCUGAUUACGCAAAAAUCGCCGUAGCGAUGGUGUCCGGCCGCGCAAAGCGCCACGCAGCAAUAGCAGGCAUCGCCAUCGCGACCGGCGUAUUCAUGGAGCUCCUAAAAAACGCGCCGACGCCGCGCCGCGGCAACCCUAUUCGCGAGCUCCUCUAUGACGUGAAGCUGGAACGGCUGGAGAACGAGUCGCACUUGGCAACUACAUUCCUAAGAUCGCAGCCGGAUGCGGAACUCGCGGCCUUCCUCGCCGAGAGCGCCGCCGCGACGAACUCGACGUUGGGCAGGAUGAGGGCGCUCGCAAAACGAAGAUUAUUUUGGGGCCUGCAGCGUUGGUUGGGAUUGAGCCGCACGGACGCCUCGGGCUUGCUAAGCAUGGCGACGCUCUACGUCGGCUCGCACCAGCAGUUCAAAGCGCUGGUCAACGGCACGGCGGCGUCGCUCUUAGACGUCGGAAGCGGCACGGGCACGGAAACACAAAAGUUGGCAAAUGUGCUGGAAUCCGACGACGUCGCCUGCCUCGAGAGCUCCAAGGCCAUGCGCGUCACAUUAAGGGGGAUGGGCUUUCGCGCCGAGGCGACGCCGGACGAACUGGGCGACGAGGCCUUCGCCGCCGCUUCACUACUAAACGUGCUGGACCGCUGCGACGAGCCCGGAGCGUUGCUGAACUUGGUGGCGGAUCGAGUGGCCGACGGCGGUCUGGUUCUGAUCGCUUCUGUUUUACCUUAUAGUCCGAUGGUGCAUGAAGGACGCUUCUUAUCCCCGUACGGCAAGGCCCAAUCACGUCGAGCGAAGCGCCCGUUGCAGGUGAAGCCCGCGCGGACCUUCGAGGCGGGCGCGAUCAACUUCGUGAACAGCGUGCAAGCGGCGCGGCCGGGACUCCAACUAGAAAGCUGGACGCGGCUGCCCUACGUCAGUUCGGGCGACACGGGCCGGACGCAUUAUGUGUUGGACCAGGCGGUCUUCGCGUUCCGCAAUGCCAUGAAAGACGCGCCGCCCGCCGCGUGUGCCAAGCGCGGUGAUGAUCAAAUUUACAAGUGGCUCGGGACGCACUUUGAAGAAGGAGGCGAUAUGUUAGAUGCGGGCACGGGCUUCGGGUCGCUCUGCUGGCUGCUGCGGCGGUCCUACGACUCGCUGACGGCCGUCACCGCGACCAAUGAAGGCAUGUACGGCGCCAAACCAUUACGGGAGAUGACGCGGAACCGGAACGUGAGCGUCGUCAUCGGGAACUGGCGGGACGAUGGUUUCUUGAGCGAUCAGACAUAUGAUGUGGUCGUCGCGGACUACCUGUUCGGCGCGACGGAGCGGUACUGGGCCUACGGCGCGGACGAGCUGCUUGGUAGGUUGUUAGAUAGGGUGCGGCCGGGCGGCACGUUGCUCAUCGUGGGCCUCGAGCCCUACGAGCUCGUGCUCGAUAGGAACGAGAAGGACGACAGGCUGGUUCUCGAGGUCGAGGCCAUCGGCGACGCCGCGGCGACGGCGGCGUUCGAGCCGAACUACCGCGAGCUGCCCGAGCGCUGGAUUCGUGAACGGAUCGCGCGGACGACCCAGUUCAAUGUUGUGGCCACGGAGCGGUUCCCGAUGCGCCUCACGGCGCGGUCGCUGCAGCGGCAGCUCGUCUUCGCGCGCGACUGCCUCGUGAAGAUCGAGGACGACGGCCUCCGGGCCGCCUUCGAGGCGCGGGUCCGGGCCCUCGACAAGGAGCUUAGCGUGUGGGCGCGCAAGGGCAAGUCCCACCGCCGCGCGCGCAACUACGCGAUCGUCGUGCGCCGCGCCGCGCAAGAAGGGGAGGCUGCUCCGAAAGAGCGCAAGCGGCGCUUCUUCGGGAAGAAGAACUAAAACAACUGUGU